AGUAGAUUCAAGACAACAAGUCUUGUUCAUCUUGUUCUACAUUGCAUCCGAACUCAUUCAUUAUUAUUUUUUCAUGUGUCUUGUGUGCUUGUAACAACCAUGCUUCAUAAGCUGCCUUUGUUCAACUUUGUUCCAUUCAUGAUAAUAUUUAGAUUUACAUUUGCAAAAGUCUGUGGUGCUUCGUAUCUCCAAUCAUUGCCUGAGGAUUGCUACAAUCACGCGAGAGAACUUCUUGGCGAGACACCUGCAAAAAGGGACGAAUGUCUAAGAGAAAUUCAACGGUGGCUGCGCUGCGAACAGGCUAACAUUCGAAUACCGAAUGAUGAUGUCCGUUUCAUUGUUUAUUUCCUCCGUAGUACGAAAUUUAAUGUCGAAAAGACGAAAAGUAAAAUUCAAACUUAUACUAAAAUUCGCACAAAUCGGAUCGAGUGGUUCAAGAACCGAAAUCCCUACAUUGAGUCGGUGCAAGAGUUGCUCGAAUUGGGGGUCUUCUUACCUCUAAAGCAAAAAGAUGAAAACAACCGACAAGUCGUAAUAAUUCGCACAGCAGCCCACAACCCAAAAUGCCACAAACAGGAUAACGUGUUCAAGGUGGAUAAAAUGAUUCUCGACCUUCUGCUUCAUCUAGACGAAACCAUAUCCAUUUACGGAAUCGUGGCUAUUUUUGAUAUGAAAAAUGUUACGCUAAGCCACGCAUUGCAGUUGCCUCCAGCAGUUGUUAAACGGACUGUCGAAAGCUGGGAAAAUUAUCCAUGCCGACCGCAGUUGCUCGAAUUUGUGAAUGCACCAAUCCACGUGAAUAUUGUUCUAAAUAUAUUCAGAAGUUUCAUGAGUGCCAAAAUGAAAUCCCGUGUUAUAGUUUCUAGAGGAACAUCACAGAUGAAUAACGUUGUUAAAUUACCUCCCGAACUUGGCGGCACCGGAGAUUCGUAUCAUGACUUGUCAAUUUAUUGGAAAAAACAAGUGCAGGAUCACGCAUGCUGGUUCGAUGAAACGGAACAGCAGUACACGUUACAUGAAAUGUGAUAUAAUAGUCAAUAAAACUAUGCAUUCUUUAUGUAUUUAUAAAUCACUGCAAUAAUAAAGAUAUUCUCGUGGAUAAGAAUGGU